AUGGUGGCCAGAAAAGGGUUAUUCUGCCUUGGGUUGGUCUUCUUGCUUAUCCUUUCCACAGUCAUACCAACUGUGAAAGCUUGGGAAAAAGGUAAUGAAAAGAAAAGAAAAGUUCAUUUUUUUGUCAAAUAUCAUAUUCCUUUAACCAUUUUUUUUUUUUAUUAUUUUGAUCAUGACAAUAUAGAUGAUUUUGAAAUCUUUGAUUUAGUGGAUGAACUUGAAAAAGCGGAAGGAAAGGAAACAAACUUUUACAAUUGGUUAAAUUUGAAGCCUAGUGCCACUCAAGCUGAAAUAAGCAAAGCAUACAGAAAAUUAUCUAUCAAACUUCAUCCUGACAAGAACAAACAUGAUGCUCAAGCAGAAGAACGAUUUGCACGAUUGGGUAAAGUGGCAGCUAUUUUACGGAAUGCUGGUACUCGUGAAAGAUACAAUCACUUCUACAAGAAUGGAGUACCACGAUGGCGAGGCACUGGUUACUACUAUGCACGAUUUCGACCGGGUGUAGGCAGUGUGAUUGUGUUCCUAAUGCUAUUGGCGGCAAGUAUGCAAUAUUUGGCGAAAUGGAUCAAUUAUUAUCAAGAAAAAUCAAAGAUCAUUCAAUUUGUACAAGAUGCUCGUGCUAAUCUCAAUGUCAAUGUACCAAAAGGGUAUGGUGCUCCUACCUUAGGUCGAAGUUAUUUGGAAGUGGGUCAUCGUACUUUACGUUGUGAAAUCAAAUCUGAUCAUUAUAUCAUCAUCCAUAUGGAAAACAAAGAUGAAGAACCUGUGCAUUUGAAUACCGAAUGGGUGCUUCCUCCUCGUUUUGCUGACAUUUAUCUGGUCAAAUGGCCUCUUGGGCUUAUCCACAAACUACAGGGGAAACAUACUGAUGACAAUCAACAAGAUAACAAGGACUCUCACAGUGAUGAAGGAAGCGAGGAUAAGCAAGUUCAAGACAAGACAAAGAAGAAGAAAUCAAAGGCAACCGAACCUGUGAAUGUGACCGGAACCAAGGUGGGUGGACGACGACGAGCACUUCGUAAAUAA